UGUAACAUGAUGGAACAUUAUAAAGGGAUAAUGCUUUGUAAUAGACCUCAAGCAUCUAUUAAUUUAGAUUAUCACAAGUAACUUGAUUUCAUCAUAUUUGUAGACCUUUUGUAUCAAGAGUAACACAUGCUGAACCUCUCGGUUACAAUCCAGUUAAGCAAUUACAAAUUCAUUAACCAAUUAAAUGUAUUUAGCAUAUUCAAUCAUUUAAGAAAUAAAACCAAUAUUAAGUCAACAUAAGGAAUGGCUCUAAAAUUUUUAAAAACAUGUUAAAGAGAAAAAAACUGCAUUGCAUUGUUCUUAAGUUCAAUCUCGCUUACAUCCUGAUAGAUAUAGAUCAAAUAGUGACAAAUAAACUUAAUAGAAUGAUUAAAAAACUCAAUAAAUAUCUUAACCUCAAUAAACAAAAGUAGAAGAAAUAUAAUAAGAAUAAAAAAAUUAAUAAGAAAAUAAUAAUUUAUUAAGAGAUGAAAUAAUUGAUGAUUAAGAAUUGAAUGAAUUAUUAGAUUUUACUAAAAAUUUAGAUUUUGAAUAAUAUAUAAAUGAUUUAGAAGUAUAAAUACUAUUAAUUAUAGAUAAAAACAGUUGUAGAAGCUUUAAAAAAGAGAAUAGAAGAAAUACAAAUAGAAAAUCCAUAAUUAACAUAAAAAGAAGCUACAAAAAAAGCAUUAAAAUAAAAUAAUAAUACUGCUUAAAAAUAGAAUAAAAAACAUGUUACUAUUUAAGAAGAAGAAUAAUAGGUAAAUACAAUAAUAUUAAUAAUUUUAGCUUCAAAAAAAUACAGAAAAAAAAGAAGUAAAUUUAGAAAAUAUUGCUAAAAAAAUAGCUGAAGAAAUUCUUUAAAAAAAUAAAUACUUAAGAAAUAUUCAUUCAAAUAUAUCAAUGUAGAAAUUAGUAGAAACUGAAGCUCGUAGAUUUCUUUAAAAAGAAUGA